AUGUCAGCACCACCACCAGCACCUGCUUAUACAGCCCCACUGCCAAGUGUCAAACGCAUGAGUCGAUCGGGUUCCUCUUCUCGCUAUGCGGCUAGUAAUAAUGAAGCGCAGCUUGUGUCACCUUCGUCCGAAUAUCCGAUCAAGCGUCAACGCAUCACCCAUAGUCCAUUGAACACCCAUGAUGAUGAGCAACCAACAUCGAUUCAACCACAAUCAGCAUUCACUAUGCAACCUUUUACGCAUACAUCCGUGUCCAUGUCUGAUGAAAUAGGAAUGGUGCAAGUAUCCGGAGGGUCGUCGAUCAUGGCACUACAAUGGAAAGGUGGAAAACUAGGAUGUGCAUACUAUACUCAGGAAUACCGUGAGUUGCAUGUCAUGGACGAUGUCAUUGAACGCUCGCCAGCAGACUUUGCUACACAAUUGAUCCAAGAAAUCAACCCAAGAAUCAUCCUCCUUGAGUAUAAUGCAGAUGAUAUCCUAUCUCUUGUACAGAGCAUUGAUGGCGAGAUCCAAGUUGAAAAGCUGCAAGGAAAAGACUUUGGCUAUGAGCAUGGUCGAUAUUCUUUGAUUUCAUGGUUUGCUCAAAUCAACGACGACAAUGAAGCCGCCUCGGACAAUGCGACCCACCACCAUGUUUAUUGUGAGGACCCCUAUGAUGGCCGAAAAAGGAAAACGAAUCUGCAACUUCAAUGCAUGAUUAACCUUGACAGCAUUGUCUCGAUUGGAUGUGCAGGCGCAUUAUUGACAUACAUCGACAAGUUGGAGGACUAUACCAAUCGACCCAUUGGAAACGAGAUGGCUCCUCAAGACUUGGCACUACGUCCAGUUUCGUUACGAUCAUUUUCAAGCAAUCAAUACAUGCACGUGUCCAAUAUAGCACGCAGAGUACUCGGCAUCUUUGAAAAAGACGUUCAUCCCAACACCCACCAAAAGAGGAACAAAGAGAGCCUUUCAUUGUUUGGUUUGUUGAACCAUACGGUGACGCCAAUCGGCCAACAUCUCCUCCAAUCAUGGAUUCAGCGACCUACAUUGGAUCUGAAUGUGCUGGAAUAUCGUCACACGGCAAUAUCGCACUUUUCUACCAACGACACAGUGGCACUUGUCAAGGAACUUCGAGGUCAUCUCAAGCAUAUCAAGAAUAUCCCACGAAUGAUGUCCAUGAUCCGAGAAAACAGAGCCACCGUCCAUGAUUGGCAACAACUCUUGCAAUUUGCAUAUUACAGCAUGCGUAUACAAACAUCCCUUGCAAGUAUGGAUCUCACAAAAGAGCUGCAAGUGACUCAAAAGAUCAAAUCCGCCAUGGGCACUGAAAAAUUGCGUCGAGUGGGUUCAGCUAUCAAUGACAUGAUCGACUUUGAGCAAAGCAGACAUGAAGGAAGAGUGGUGGUGAAGGAAAACGUUGACGAGCAUCUCGACAAGCUGAGAGAGACAUACGAUAACCUGGAACCAGUAUUGCUUCAAGUCGCUCAAGAAAUAAGCCAACGGAUGCCUCCAGAGCUCGCAACCACAUGCAACGUGGUCUACUUUCCUCAGCUUGGAUACUUUGUUGCAGUGACCCGAGAGUAUGAGCAAAUGUUCGAAUACAACCUUGGCCUACCACCCGAUUUUCGAUUACAAUUCACAACCGAUGCCAACGCCUACUUCAAGAACGAUCGCACCAAUGAGUUGGAUGAAUCGCUUGGCGACAACCACGGCAUGAUCAUUGACAGAGAAAUCGAGCUAGUGCAAUAUUUGACCGAGGAGCUAUCCACCUAUUUCAGUGAUCUAUUAGCCAUGGCGGAUGCAUGUGCCGAGCUUGAUUGCCUACUCUCAUUGGCCCAUGCAGCUCGUAUCCAUGAGUACGUACGACCCGAAAUGACAGAGGAAAACAAGAUUGAGAUACAUCAAGGAAGACAUCCAAUCCAGGAAAUGUGCGUGGAUGUUUUCAUUGCCAAUGAUGCAUACUUGGUUGGUGGAUUGGGAAAGGCGAGCUCAGAUGUAUCAACCACCCAUAUCGAGAACAGCACCACCACACAACAACAUCAUGAGAAUGAAACAGCCAGCAUUGCUUUAUUGACCGGCGCGAAUUAUUCUGGCAAAAGCGUCUACCUACGACAAGUUGCACUCAUUGUGUAUAUGGCGCAUGUUGGAAGCUUUGUUCCAGCAUCCAGUGCAGUGAUUGGGUUGACAGACAAGAUAUUUACGUGUGUGCAAACCAUUGAAACGGUCUCCAAGCUCGUAAGUGCCUUUGCGUUGGAUCUACAAAACCUUUCACAAGCAGCGCGAGAUGCUACUGGACGUAGCCUUGUCAUUAUCGAUGAGUUUGGAAAUGGCACGGAUGCAGCCGAUGGAGCUGGUUUACUUUGUGCAACCUUGGAGCACUUUUUAUCUAAAGGAGAGCAAUGCCCCAAGGUGCUUGCCAUUACUCAUUUUCAUGAGUUGCUUGCACACAAUAUCAUCUCUCCAACCGAACAUCGGAUCAAGCUAUUGACAAUGGAAAUCCUCAGCCAAAGUUGCACCAUCCAAUCUUCCUCCAGCCAAAGCAAACAACAAGCAGACGAAGUUGUGUUUCUUUAUCGUGUUGUUCCUGGAUCUCGCGCUUGUAAUUCAUAUGGUGCAUGGUGUGCUAGCAUUGCAGGUAUCCCAACUCCCAUCGUGCAGCGUGCACUUGAAUUAUCCCAUUUAAUCGACAACAACAAACAAAUCCGACCCAUCUACAGCAAAGAACGUCAAGCUAAAUUGGAUGCCAUUGAAGACAUUGCACUCAAGCUACUAGAAUCACAAGUGACAAACGAUACAUUGGAAACCAUAAGACAAUGGGUGAAAGAUCUAGAUCAAGUACUUUGA